AUGUCUGAGGCGAACAAUCCGAUUGUCUGGGAACCGUCGGUCUACGACUUGACGAGAUCGCCACUAGCAAAGUUCCGCAACCGUAUCAACAAGAAGUACAAGCUUUUCCUCAACAGCUAUGCGGAUCUGCAUGACUGGUCGGUAAAUCCGGCCACAGCUGGGGACUUCUGGAUGGAGCUGUUCGACGCCCUGGACAUGCGUGCUACGAAGCAACCUUCUCGUGCAUUUGCUAACGAGAUUGAUCGCAAGAUGUUUCCGAGCCCCGUGUUCUUUCCCGACGCCCGAAUGAAUUUCGCGGGCAGCAUCCUGCAGAAUCGCGAACGAUCCGAAGUUGCGCUGUAUGACGUUGCGGAAGGAUCCCUGGACCCGACCGUGGUUACGUGGGGCGAGCUCUCCGAUCGAGUCCAGGCUCUUGCAAGCGCAAUGAGGGCCCACGGUGUAAAGAAGGGAGAUAGAGUCGCUGCUGUCAUCUCCACGUCGGGCCUGGCCAUUGCACUCUGUCUCGCGACGCUCUCGAUUGGCGCUAUCUGGUCAUCGGUAUCCCCGGACUUUGGACAGAAGGCGAUCCUGGACCGCGUUCUGCAGAUCGAUCCCAAGCUCGUCUUUGCGUCUUCGUCUGUGCAGUACAAUGGUAAAGUGCGGGACCUGAGCGGGAACAUUCGAUCCUGGGCCAAGCAGGUCUCGGCUGGAUCUAGUCUUCAGAAGAUUGUUUUGACGUCAAGGAUCCAAAAGCUCGAAGCAGAAUUCGCCAAGGUCACUGAUCUUAAAAGGUUCAUCGGAUCUGCUAAGCCACAGCCUCUUGAAUUUGAGCAAUUGCCGUUUGCCCACCCUGCCUUCGUGUUCUAUUCAUCUGGAACGACGGGAGCCCCGAAGUGUAUCUUACAUAGCGCCGGAGGAGCAAUGCUUCAGAUCAAGAAGGACUACAUCAUGCAGAUCGGUGUGGUUGAGGGCGAUAUUCUUUUCCAGUAUACUACAACAGCUUGGAUCAUGUGGGCCUUCCUGCUCACCGCCAUGAGCACAGGAGCAAAGAUUGUCGUUUUGGACGGGUCGCCCUUGUAUCCAGACAUUACCUACAUCCCGCGCUUGUUAGCCAAACUCAAAGUCUCAGUGUUUGGCACCUCCGCCAAGUACCUCACUGAUCUGAUGGAUAACAACGUGAAGCCAGCGAGUCAAUUCGACCUAAGCGCACUUCGAAAGGUCACGUCCACUGGCUCGGUUCUGCCCUCGGAUGUGGCACAAUGGUUCUAUAAUACGGGCUUCCCUCGAAAGGUGCAGCUGAUAUCUGGCAGUGGUGGUACGGAUUGCGCAUGCUCAUUCGUGACCGGAAAUUCCUUCACACCGGUUCAUGCAGAUGAAAUCUCAGGAAAGUCUCUCGGUAUGGCUGUGGACGUAUUCGACCCCAUGUCAGAGAAGGGAACACCUGUCAAAGACGAUUCCCCUGGCGAACUCGUGUGCAAACAACCAUUCCCAAGUCAACCAUUGUCUUUCUGGGGCGAGAACGGCGAUGAAAAGUACAAGGCUGCGUACUUCUCGGUUUUCCCAGGCAUUUGGGUACAGGGUGACUUGAUCCGAAUCAAUCCCAAGACGAAUGGGAUUCAGAUGCUUGGAAGAUCCGACGGCGUUCUUAACCCAUCAGGAGUCCGGUUCGGCUCGGCAGAGAUAUACAAUGUCAUCCGCGCGUUCCCGGAGGUGGAAGACUCCGUUUGUGUUGGCCAGAGAAGGCCACAGGAUCACGACGAGUCUGUGGUGUUGUUCUUGAAACUAAAGCCUAGCAUGCCGCGGACCCAGGCGUUCAAGGAAAAGAUCAAGCAACAGAUUGGCGACAGCCUGAGCAGACGCCACAUCCCAAAAUACGUCUUCUACGUUGAUCAUAUCCCCUACUCCAACGUGGGGAAGAAGUUGGAAAUCACGGUCAAAAACAUAAUUUGCGGCCGCAAGUUCGAGCCCAGUGUGGUUGCCAACCCGGAGAGCCUACCUCUCUAUCAGAAGUACUACAGGAUUGAGGAGGCUUCGGAAGCGGAAGAUGGGAAAUUCCAGGCCCGGCUUUAG